AUGAAGUGGAUAUCCAGUUUGGCAUGGACAGGUUUUCCUAUAACGGUCAUGUAUUUCAUCUCUGCCCUGGGACUGACAGGUGUCCAGUCUCAGGAAAUUGAAUGUUACACUUGCACAGAUCAAGGUGAAGGAGGCUGCUUACCGGAAAAUGCUGCGAAUGUUACUUGCCCCUCGGAUUGCAAUGUGUGUGUCGAGGCCAUUAUUGCAAUAAAGACAAGUCAUGACACUCAUAUUAUCCUGAAGAAAGGCUGCGGAUUCGGUGAUUCAAUGUUGUUGGACAAAUCCAUUUUAUUCUAUGGGAUCUCCAUAUUUUUUCAACUUAAUCAGUGCAACAGCAGCUUGUGUAAUACUGACAUGGAUCUGGAAGACUACCAACUUGCCCCUGAUGAUAACAUAACGCACGUGCCUAGUCGGAAGCAAUGCUACAGCUGUAUUGAGAAAACCGGUGUGGACUGUACGCCAUCCAGUGCUCUUGUCGAGACCUGCUACAAUGACUACACUCACUGCUUCGAUGGAAAUGUCACAGUAUCCAUUGAAAAUGACACAACGGUUAUACCCAUCAAGAGCUGUUCUAUGAGAUAUCGCUGCGCUAUGCAGACUCAAACCUAUGGAAGUGCAACCUUUGAAAUCAGAGGGGCCUGCUGCACCAAGAAUUUCUGCAACAAGGACCUCUCCAACCGGACUCAGAUUGGAGAAAUGCCAUACUUAUUAGUCCUUAACGAAGACAACGAUGAAGUGGUUGAGAUAGAAGCUCUACCACCAUGGAUAAACCCAACCACCACGCAAGCAGCAUCCACCGGUGGUACCAGGAGGAGAGAUGGAGGUGUGGGACCACCUGUCCCCAACAGUACCACGCCUUCAGUUACUUCCUAUGCUACAAAUACUUCCGCAGCUACAAAUACUAUAUAUACUCCAUAUGGCUCAUAUGCUUCCACACAGACUUAUUCUGGCCAACCUCUCAAUGUGGCUCCGAGUCUCACCUACUCACCUUGGGUUAUUAUCAUUGUAGUUCUGCUUUCAUGACCAUUAACAACCACCUCCUGCUUCUGCCGAUAACUGUGUUUUCUUAAUACUGCUUUUGCG